UCCAGCUUUCCAGUGUCAAAAAACCGUGUGUUUGUGAGUGAUUGCUAAUGUGCUUACUGUCCACCAAGGCAGGCUAAACAAACGGUGAACGUGCCCAGAACUUAACAGUGACGGACAACCUCUGUUUGCAGAGAUACAUCUUUUUAGACAAAAGUUCCAAUUUCUUAUCGGUGGCAUCUUUGACCGUUUUGAGUAAACGGACCAGCAGCAGAAAUCAACCGAAACCCCGCACCGUAACGAAGAUGAAUAUUCUGGUAAUAUCAUUUCUGGCCGUGGUGUCGCUGACAACCUUCCCGACCCAAACGUACUGCACGCCGGCCGCAUCCAGCAGUGGCACGCACGAUCCGAAGAAAUCGGUCGCCGCCGCCGAAGCCGCCCAGCCGGUCAACGAUAAUGGGCUGAAGGAGAUCUGGCAGGAGGACGACCGGGAGGUGCUGAUCCGCAACGAGCGUGGCACCAAGAACGGAGGCAGCGCGGCCGCCGGUAAGAAGCCCCACAAGAAAGAGAAACUUUCCCCUUACAGCUCCUCGCACCAGCGGCAUCAAGACCAGCAGCAGCAACAGCAGCAGCAGCAGCUCCAGCAACAGAAACAGGAACAACAGCAGCAGCUCGGUACGGGAAGCCGCAAAGGCCAGAAAAAGGUGAAACCGACUGACGCGACCAGAACUGAGCCGGCAGCGAACUCCCAGUGCCGCUACACCAAGGGACCGUGGACCGAGUGUGACGCUACCACCAACAAACGUUCCCGAACCCUUUCGCUGAAAAAGGGCGAAUCGUCCUGCGUUCAGACCCGUACCAUUGAGAAGAAAUGCAAAAAAGCCUGCCGUUACGACAAGGGUGCCUGGUCCGAUUGCGACACGAACGGACAGAUGUCCCGCACGGACAGCCUGAAGCAGUCCAGCGAUACCACCUGCCAGACGACGAGAGUGGUCAACAAAAACUGCAACCAGGGCAAGUCCAAAGACAAACAGAACAAACCACCGAAGGCUGAGAAGAAGGAGAAAGGUGUCCGUAAAAAUCGCCAGUAAAUGCACAACUGCACAUGCCAUCAACAAUUCUACUUCUCAGUUCUCUGAUCGGUGCAACGGCGACACAGCAGCACGGUAAAAUGCUGAUCCUUCCACCCCACGGUCCCAGGAUCGCACGGCAUCGGUUGCAUCUUCUUGGAUUAAAUUAACGCAGCGUAACGGAACCAAAUCUUAAGGCAAGAUUGGCGUCACCCCUCCAUAAUUUGUCACUUACUACUGCGAUGGAAAAAGAAAAAAAAGAUGUUUUUUAUGUGUUUUGUGCAAACUAAACUUCCCUCCCAAAUGGAGACGCAUUGUUUUCCACGCCACCGUACCUCGGUUUCCCACCCAUUCCCCUCUUUCUUCGUGGACGGUGCUGGGUUCGGUAGCGUUAUUUAUUAAGCAGUUUUGCCGAGAGCAUUAUCAUUCACACAAACAGACUAACAAACACACACACACAACGCUCGAACUCAACGGAAUACACAAACAACAAAACAAAUGCAAACAAAACUACAUACAGCCUAGCAUUAGUGGCAAAAACAAAAGAGUUUUACACGUAACGAUUAGUCGAUGGUGUGAAGAUUAUUAAGUAAUUGCAUUACAUACGUGGUACGAUUCUCAGUGCCAAAAUGACACAGUUUUCACAACUUUACUGGCAGCAAACAGUGCAACAGACUCGAUCGACACACUCGUUUCGGAUGAUUUCCGUAAAGCUAAACAAAUGAAAUAAAAAAAAAGUGUUUAUACGCAGAAACUAACCCUCAAAGGGAAAGGUUCGACGCUUCGGCUGUAUACUGAGGGUUACACUUUAUUGUUAAAUAGGUGGUUCAGUUUGAAAGAUUCUCUCGCUCCCUAUCACGGGAGGUGAUCAAACAACACAAAAUCAGGAAUAAAAUAAAAAUAAUAAACACACUCACACAGCUACGCCAUUGCGACCGGCGAAAGAGAAAAUAAACAGACCCCAUUAUACAUGAUCAACCUCAAAUUGCAUGCAGCCGUAUGCAACAGGUCGAAAGACUGCAGCCUAAAAGCAUCUAAUCGAUCCCCGAGUUUAAGCGCAUCGAGACAUUCGUCAAAUGUGUCCAGCCCUUUCCAAACAACAAAAAAAAACGGUUCACGAUGAUCAAGUAUCGUUUAGUAUGUGUGUGUGUGUGUAAGUGUAAGAAAGCGAAUAUUUUGCAGAUAAAUAAAAACAAGACAAAACAAAUGAAAGCAACAACAGAAAAAGUUUCAUCGUUCAGAAGUAUAAACAAAAGUAUUAAAAAACGGAAAGCAACUCAGACAGACACAAUCAAAGAGCGGUGUAACAUAGAAGAAGAGAAAAGGAAAACAAAAACAAACAGCACACAUCAAAAGGGAAAACGAGGAAGAAAUAGUAUAUACACAGCUAUACACACUACAAGCAAAACAGACGAACAGAACCCUUUUUCGACCGCUCCUUCGUAGUUCCUUGUAGCGAAAUUUAUCGACAAUGAUGGAAUAUCCUUACGCACUUUCAUGGACACUGGCAAACGAGGUGAUUUUUUUUUAAAGUUCUCUGUUAUGCUGAUGCAGAGUGCCAAAAAAAACCGAUACUGCAGUAGCAACAAACAUCGGAAUUAAAUGCAGCGUUAAAUCCUUUCUCUUGAUCGCAUCAACUAACACGAAUAAACUAAACAUCUCGUCGUUCCGUUUUUGUAGGAGAAACAUUUAAAAAAACGAAGCAAAAGGGAGAGAAGAAUAACAUACACAACAAAAAAAAGUUAAUAAAAUCCAUUUACAUGCAGCAUAGGCAUAGGCAAAUCUAAACCGUGUAAUGCAAUACGUUUCCGUAGGCGAACUCUCUUCGGGAAGUUGGUAUCAUUUUCCUUCCGUUGCACAUGCUCUGCGCGUACAGAUGGUACCAGUUGUACCGUUCAUCUUUCUGCUGUUUGUUGAACAUUUUAACAUAGAUUAAGCACACACACGCUGACAUUAACGCAAACACACGUACACGUAAAUAUUGGAACCGAAGGCCAGGCUAAACCAUGGCGCCAUUUUUCACGAAGAAAGAAUCGACCGAGAAUGGAACGGAGGGAAAGGUAAUACACGCUGGAUGGGGCAUGAAGCUGCAAUACUGCAUGCGCACUUUCCAUCACUAAUCGCCGUAAGCUGCUGUGGUCUUGUACUAUCUUGUAUGUUUGAUGUACUCAUCUCGAAAGUAAACCGAUUAUCGAUAGCAAGUUAAGAAAUAUUGUGCGUAUGCGAAGGCCGAACGUCAGGAAAGAAAAAAAAACCCACAAAACAAAAGGAAAGGACUGUUUAUUAAAUGGCGUCCAACAGUCCAUCAGCAAAAGUACUCACAGAAACAUUCGCAAAAAAAACACAAAAAAACCGUUGAAAGUUCAUUCGUUGCUGUUCCUUCCAAGGAUAACAAACAAGGAUAAUAAAAUGGAAAAUUUUAAACGGGAAUGAAGCAAACGAACAUAAUAAUAAGUGUGUUGUCAGUUGUAGAGAGCGCUCCUCAAUUAAAAAUUCAAUAACAACAGAAAAGAAUACAGAUUAAACUACUAAUGAAAAUAGCGAAGAAGUAUAACAGAGCCGCCAAGUAAUAGAAAAAAGUGGAAAUGCAACAGUUGGAAAACCAAAACCAUUAACAGAAUGUAAAGGCCAAUAUAAAUUAGAUAAAUAUAUAUAUACACACACACAAACACACACAACUACAGACAGAAGGAGUAACAGAAUGAAGAACAAAGAAAACAACGGUCAGCUUCAACUGAAGAUGGCAAGCAGGCGGUAGUUCACACUUAACUAGGAAGCAAAAAAAAACAAACAAAGGAAGAGAAACUUAUACAGAUAUUCUUAGCAAUUAACAAUUAAACAGUAAAACAAAGCAGACGGAACAGUUCAAAAGCGAAGGCAAAGAUAUCCACAAUUUCAAGCUUAACUUUUUUACGAAUUGUGUGUUGGAUUGGUUUUGCAUGUUUUUCCGUUUCUAAAUUGCAUCGCUUCAACGUUCGAAAUGUGUUAACGGUUCGGUAUGGAACACAAUUGGAAUCAUGUGUUUGGAAUUGAAAAACAACAACUGUAAGCGACUAUUAACGUUUUGUGAUUAAUGUUUCAUUCAUUACACUCGUAAAUUAGCAAGUAAAUUUUGUGAUUUUGUAUCGAUCUUUUUUUUACUACCCGGGCAAGUGUGGCUCGUUUACAGCAAACAGCAACAUACAUAACUGUCAACCGCUCUUCGUUAAUCGUUUUCUUCCGUAUUAUUGAGCGUACGGGGUAUAAAUUAUAUAGAAACAAACAACACACAAAAUACAAUAACUGUAGCAUAAACAAUAGAAACAUAUUACACACAAACACACACGCACAGAGAUCGAGCGAGUCGGCCAGCAGCAGCAGAAACAUGAAAAUUCAAAUAUCAAAUUUCUUAAUAAAACAUAUUCUUUUGUGAUAUGUUGUA